UACUAGAUUGAUUGCAGGUUUCUCACAGGCAGUUACUUAGUGGAGCAGGAUUCUGGGGAGGGGCAGACGAGAAAGAGGGAGUAAAGGGUAUAGUACAAGGUUUGGCUCUUAGUAGAUGCUGAGUAUUUGUUUAAUGAAUGAAAAAGAAGAAUGCUUUCUUCUUAUGUUAAAGGGUGCCCCUGAAAGAUUACAGCUGGUAUGGGCCUUCUACAGAGCUAGACCAGGCCAGGAUGGCUGUAUCACUAUCAGCAGCUAAAACUCUGGCCUUUCAGGGUACACAGGAACAAGAGAUUAUGAUGAUGGAGCCAAAGGAAGAGGAACUGUCUUGGGAGUAUGAAGCUGGGCUACCUGGGAACCACUCUACCAGUCAGGAGAUCUUCCGCCAGCACUUCAGGCAACUCUGCUACCAGGAGAAUCCCGGUCCCCAGGAGGCCCUAAGCCAAAUACAGAUACUCUGCUGUGAGUGACUGAGGCCAGAGAGACACACCAAGGAGGAGAUCCUGGAGUUACUGGUGCUAGAACAAUUCCUGACUAUCCUGCCUGAGGAGCUCCAGUCCUGGGUGCAGGGACAUCACCCUAAGAGUGAAGAAGAGGCUAUAAUUGUACUGGAGGGUUUAGAGAAAGGAUUUGAACCAGGACUGCAGGUCCCAGGCCCUGCACUUGGACCUGCACAGGAAGAGCUGUGGGAGAAGAAGGCAUCUCUGGGAGCAGUCCAGGAGGCACGAGGCACUAAGUGUGAAUCUCAAGAGACCCAACCUUUCCCAGAGAGUGAACAGAUAUAGUUACAUUUUCCAUCAAUUAUUGCAGAAGAUGGCCCAGAGCCCAAGGACAAUGGAUCUUUGUCACAACCACCCACAACAGAAGUGGAAUCACAGAAAAAUCUCAGAAGUAAGAAAGGGCAAGAAGCAAGAUAACCCUGCCUGGAAUGAAGAUGUGGACUGUUGGAGCUGUUGUUG